UACAAGAUCUUUACUGAAAGUAAAUAUGGAGGCAUCUAAAAAGUUUCUAUUACUUCUUGUAGUUUCAGCUACAAUCGUAAGCGUCGCUUCUGUUGGUCACAUAACAAUUAUAGAUCAUGACGAUGAAGUGAUAACGAGCACUAAAUCAAAGGCAACACCUCAUUCAGUUCAUUCUCCAAAAACUGUGACUGUAAAACAUAACCCAGUGGUACCCAAUCCCGUAAUUAAAACACAAGUCAAGAGAAGUAAUUUCAAUGAAGACGUAGUUUUGGGUUAUCUAAGGCAAAAUACUUUCGAAAUCAAUGAGCUACAAAGAAUGGCCUAUUUGCAAAAUAGACGGAUAUUUAUUUUAUCUAGAAUAAUUAGAGCAUUACUGAUAAAUGCUAUGCAGAAAACUUCAGAAGAACAACCACCACCGUUAAGAAGACCCAGAAUGCAGUUGUUUAUGUAUUAAUGUGAUUUGAUUUGAAUUGUUAAAAAUAUAAAUUACAAUUUUAUAUCAUUUAUUUGGGUGACAUGUAUUAAGUGUGUGAUUUUUUAGAGAUCAACUAUAUUUCAAAUAUA